GUGAGCAACGCGAUAAACUAGAACGUCCCUAGGCUAUAUUAUAAUGAAGGAAACAGUCUACUAGUUCACCGCGUCGCGUCGGCUGCGAAGUACAGGUUCAUGCACACGCACCAGGCGGCGUGAAGCUGAACGGUGAUCUUCCUAAAUCUGAUAUCACACGAGGAGAGCGGCAACUGUCUCUAAAACGUGUAAAAUCUCAAUUAAACCACACACGACUCGACCAUUAUCUCUUUUGAUGCCAAAAGAGGGGAUGUUAACGAACAAUUCUUUGACGUUAAAUGUGAAGUACGAGAAAAAAUAUACCCAAUUUGAGAUGGGAAAGUCCCCGCAAGGAAAUCCCCUCUUCAUAAGAUCAGUUCGAAAUUGAGUGAGGCUCUCACAGGCUGAAGCUUUCUGCCUUUGGUCUACAGCAGACGCAUGUAACGUUAGUAAGCCUAGAACACUCAAACCUGUGCAAUCUAUGGGAAAAUCGAACUUUACGUGUUGGUUUUAACGCGCGAGCGGAUUGUUCAGAAUGGAUGAGAUAAAGAGGGAGAACGACGCGCUGAGGGCGAAGUUGCGCAGCUGCUCUACACUCAACUCAUAUUGCCACGAAACGCAACAAGAAAUUGCUCGUUUAAAUCAAUUGGUCACCUCCAAAGACGGAAUUAUUGCCGAUUUGAAGGCAAGACUGGGGAAGUAUGAGAAAACAGUGGUCAUAGAGGGAGAGGAGCCCUAUAUUGUAGGGCCGUCGAAAUCUCUCAUCGAGAGUUUGUGUAAGGAAAUUUGCAAAUUAAAGCAAAAACUCAAGGAGUCAGAGGCGGACGCCGCCCAGAGAUUGGAACCCAGUAAAACAGAGAUCCAGAGGUUGCAAGAACAGUUGAAGGAGAAGGAUCAAGAGCUGGAGACCAUGAGGGAAAGGCCUGACCAGGAGAAAGAAAAGGAGAUCCAGCGACUGCGCUCCACCUUGGCUGAAAGCGAUCGGACACAGGCCACCAGGGCCGUCCUUUGCAACUCUCUCGCUGAAGAAGCCGAGCAGUUGAGGGCACAGCUGGGGGCCACCGUGCAGGUGUGCCAGGAGCUUUUGGGACGGAUGGAGAAAGAGAAAAGCAAGACAUCCAUGACGGAUCAGAGAACUCAAGCAAAUGAGACAAAAGAUUCCCCUGAAGUUCCCAAUCUAAAUGUCAUCAUCAGCAAGUUAGAAGAUGAGAACGACCAGCUUAAAAAGAGAGUUGCAUAUGUGGAAAGUUUAAACUCAAAGUGGCAGAAGUACGACUCCAGUAGAGAGGAGUACGUGAGGGGUUUGUGUCUGAAGUUGAAAGAGUCAAACGGUCUGGCAUGCGCAGGUCCGACCCUGACCCAAACUCCGGCUGCGGGCAAUGUGGCUUUGUUCCAGCAGGAGAUCGCCCGGCUCAACGGCCUCCUGCAGGACAAGAUGAUGGAGUGCGAGAGACUCAGCAGAGAGAGGGAUGACAGUAAAAGGAUAGACCAGGAGCGCAUUCAGAUGCUUGAGCAGCAGGUUUUGGCCUAUAUUGAGGACUUCAAAUCAGAGAGGGCAGACCGAGAAAGGGCUCAGGGUAAAAUCUUGGACCUUCAAGAUGAAGUUGGGCGACUUCAACUGCAAAUACGCACACAGAGCGUCCAAGAGGCCUCAUCCUCACGGCGACUUCACAUGGGCCUAAAAAAAGUUCCCCACCGACAGACGGACACUGCCGAACCACGAAGAAACAGUCCCCCAGAAACAAGCUCAAAAAGGACUAUCAGUAACACGGCACCGCAGGGAGCCGCUGAACUGCAGUGCCCUCGCUGUCUCACCACGUACGACGACGAGCACGCGACCGAAUACCUAAACCACUGGGACGAGUGUGCCAAGCUGUGAGUCUCUCACCUCACUGACUUUUCACAGGGCACAGAAAGCACUGAGGACAGAAUCACUACAAGCUUGCAGACUAUGGGAUGUGUGACAGGGUGUUGAUGAAGGCAGGGGCAUGUUUAAACAGGAUGGAGUCGAAGGAAGGCUUUUUUUUUAGGGUUGGCUUUUCGAUUGUGGUCUUGGUUGAUGUUUAGAAGGUCGCUUGUGGCAUAGGACUCAAGAUAUGACUUUGGGUUGGUCAUUCCCAGUUCAAAGGCUUACUCACAUGGCUGUCAUUGAACGCAGAUGGUUUGGUUAUGAAAAGUUAUUCAAUCUCAAGCACUUGUGGUUUAUAAGUCACUGGGUUUUGUCACUUGUUUGGUAUUAUGGUUUUCAGCAUAGUACAUUUUGUCUAAGAGUUUCAAUCAAAUUUUGCUUAAUACUGUAUUGCAGAUCUGUGUAUAAUUCAGAUGGAUCGUAAAAUUGGUAUCAUAUACCUCACCAAUAUAUAUUCUCUUUAUCAGCUGUUUGCACUUUUUGCUAUUUUAAUUAUUGCCAAAUACAGAUGA